UGGGCUGCGGAUCCGGACCAGUGGGGACUAGGAGCCAGGAUGCCUCAGUCUCGAAUGUUGCUGAGGGGGCUGAGGCCCUGGAUCCUGGGUCCGGGAAAGGAUGGAGGACUCAGAUUCCUCUGCCAUUAAGCUGUUGAGACUCAGAGGGUGGGCCAAGGCUUUAUUUAGCAAGACCCUGCUUUCCCCACCAUUUCCCUUGGGUGAGGCUGCCUCGGGUGAGGCAAGUUAUAAAAGCGCUGUUUCCUGGGAGAAAGAAAAGGAGAGUGUUCCUGCUGCCCUGAUCAUGAGCCCUGCCCUGCUGCUGGCCCUCCUGGGCAUCACCCACACCCUGACCGGAGUGCACGCCCUGAUCUGCAACCACGGGAGGAAGGAAACCGUGAGGGACAUAUCGGAGCUGCCUCUCCAGUGGACGACCAGCCAGGAGUCCUGUGAAGAUGGCUGGGGCUGCCAGGAAGUUCUGCUGCUCAUUGAGAAUGACCCUCUUUUGAACUUGCUGAUCCUCAAGGGCUGCACCCAGGCGGCGAAUCAGGAGGCCCGCGUCACCCAGCACAGGACAGGCCCCGGCCUCUCCGCUGUAUCCUACACCCACGUGUGCAGGGAGGAUCUGUGCAACAAUCUCUCCUCCACUGUCCCUCUCCGGGCCCUGCCCCCACCCACAGCCCUGGGGUCUGUGCGGUGUCCAGUCUGCUUGUCUACAGCAGGCUGUGGGUCUGCAGCUGAGAUGACCUGCCCCAUCAAGAGCUCGCACUGCUACAGUGGGGUCCUCCUGUUCAGCGAGGGUUGGCUGAUCCCAGCGGCAGCAUCUCCCUCCCUCUCUCUUUCCACAGGGGCCAUCUCUAGCCAUCUGAAAGUCCAGGGAUGUACAUCUCAAGAAGGCUGCAACCUGCUUAAUGGGACUCGGGAAAUAGGGCCCAUCACUCUGAGGGAGACCUGUGAUCCUCUAGCUCUUCUGUCCUGUCAUCGGGGAGUCAUGUUGCGGACUUCUGUAAACCUGGCUCAGGAACCGGUUGAAUGGACCUCGAAUGGGAAGCAGCUGUGUGAUCCUGGGGAAGUGUGUCAGGAGACACUUCUGCUCAUAGAUGUAGGACAGAAAUCACUCCUAGUGGGGAGCAAAGGCUGCAGCAAAGCCAGGACACAGGAUUCCCAGCCUAUCUCCAUACACUCGAGACCCCCAGGAGUGCUCGUUGCCUCCUAUGCCCGGUUCUGCUCCUCUGACGGGUGCAACAGCGCCAGCAGCAGCAGUGUCCUCUUGAACUCCCUCCCUCGUCCAGCUGCCCCUGCCUCAGGAGACUUGCACUGUCCAACCUGUGUGUCGUUUUUUGGAUCCUGCCCAGAAAACUCUGAAACUGUUAGGUGCCCUAGCGGCACCACUCACUGUUACAAGGGUUACAUUGCUCUCCAGGGAGGUGGGCUGAGCAUCUCAUUGAACGUUCAGGGCUGCGUGGCUCAACCUUCCAGCUCCUUGUUGAACCGUAUUCAGAAUAUUGGGGUCAUUUCCGUGGCUGAGAAGCGUGAUGAUGAGAAUGAGCCUUAGAAUGAGUUUCUACUCCCAGCUGGAGCUGCUCCUGCCCCCUACCUGGCUUGGGUGGUAGGGCUGGGGCUAUCUCUAGCCCUGUGGUGUGGAGCGCCCUCCCUGCUCAUCCCAUUUUCUCAUGAUUCUUAGCUCCUGCUGACCCCCAGUUCCCAGCCCUCCCUCUGACCUCAUAACUAAACAGUCUUGGACACUGAAUUAUUUCCCCAUCCUCUACACGAAUUAUCAUCCACCCC